AAUGUCCUCUCUCUCUCUCUCUCCCACUUUGAUCUAAACCCUUCAAACAGUCAGUUAUAAACAUUAUUAAUCCACGCACACUUUCGAUUCAUUUUACUUCCUUUGACCUUCCACACAACUUGGAAACUUGAUAUCUGAAGACCCCAAAAGAGAAAAACAAAUGAUUUCCAAGGAAGAAGAAACAGCAACAGAUUAUGAUACAGCGGCAAACCAACAACAAAGUGAAUUAUUGCUCGCCGAGGGGACGGAAGAGGAGGAGGAUCAGCAUCAAGGAGAUGAGUGGCUGAAUUUAAGUUUAGGAAGCGGUAACAUGAUAUCAACGGCUGGAGAUCAUGAUCAAAACUCAGAGUCACAACCACAAUCAAGGCCUAGUUCUGGCAAGGUAUUUUCUUGCAACUUCUGCAUGAGAAAGUUUUACAGUUCACAGGCAUUAGGGGGUCACCAGAACGCUCACAAGAGGGAAAGAGGUGCAGCCAGGAGAUACCAAUCCCACAGAAUGAUGUCAAUGAUGGGAUUGCCUCUCAACACUUCCGUCGUCAGAUCUCUCGGUGUUCGCCCUCAUUCGCUCGUUCACAAGCCCCCAGCAGGCAGGCUUGGCACGCCAAUCACGGCCAGAUUUAGUACUGAUCCAACUGCAGGCUUUGGAAUGGUAUGGACUCCCUUUCAGCUUGAGGAAGCUGUGGAUUUGAUAUGGCCUGGAAGCUUCCGCUUUAAUUCGCAGGCGUCGGAGCCCCCGCGGAUAUCGGAGCCAACUACUCAUCCUCUCAAGCUUGACCUAAACCUCAAACUAUGAUCCAAGUUUUUCAUUCUAUGUAGUUUAUGUAAGAAGAGGUUAUUUUGUUCAAGUUAUGAUACUAUCCUUCAAAUUAUAUAUCUAACGCUAGGUAGUAUGGAAUGUAUUGGCCUAUAGUACUGUGAAAAGUCUCAGUAUCUAAGGAUGGUUGGUU